GGCAUUUUUAAAAAACUUUGCGACCCUUUGCUCAUCGAAUGAACUUCCCAAAUGUAUUGUACUUUAUUGAGAAAUAUUUAAGAAUCAGGACGACGCCUGGACGCUGAGAACCAACUUCAACAAUUCAAUUCAACUUUCAUCAGACAAUUCAAUUUACAAAUAUGUCAGUGCCAGAGGUCUUCCUUGCCAAUGGGUUGGAAUCAGUAGGAAUCGUCCAUCAGGGACUGCAAUACCUGAGGGAAGCCGUCCAACAGCAGCUACAGGAGACAGAAAGGAGACACAGAGAUGAGCUGGAGAGGAGGAUUCAUAGCAACACUCUUCUUUCAGCAGAUGUGGACCGACCGACCGGGGGUACUAAUGAAGUAACUUGUCAAACAAAACCUGGAGAACUAAGGCGAUAUGCCUCUACACAUGCACUGACAUCUGCUAAUAGAACAUCAAAGAAUUCUAGGCUGUUAGAGGUACCUGCUCCAGCUUUGGGAUAUUCAUCAGACCCGAAGCAUCCCCCUCGGCUGCUUCCCUACCAUACGCAGCAGUGUGAACGUGCAGCUUCAUUCAAAACAACGCAGCAGAGGAAAGAAGAAGCGGAGGAGGCUGAGUGCAAGAAGAAGUUCAGUGCACUUCCAAUCCCCAGUCAAAUCAGACAUCCCCUCUACCAGGAGAUGAUGGAACAGAGGGACAAAGAGAGGAAGCAAAGACUUGAGCAAAGGAAAACUUUUCUGCUCUCUGUGCAAAAACCUUUUAGCUUCCAGGAUAGAGAAAAGAAGAAACAGGACAAGUUCGCUGCAAUGGUGACCCAAGUCUCCCAGGAGGCAAAAAAGACAACUUUAGACAAAAUUCAACAGUCCGCUUCCAAGCUACUCAAAGAGAAAGAUCAGGACCAUUGCAGAAAAGUCCACGUAAGUACCAUUGAACGAGAGAAGCCUGCAGCCUUCGAGAGACCCAAAUCUCGCACAGCAGAGCGGACCAGAAGAGAAAAGCUUGGUUUCCUGGACGAGAAGCCAAGCUUCCAGCCAAAAAUCAACCAUAAGGUGCCAGAUUUCAGUCGUCUGCACAAAGCUCUGCAGACAGAGAGGAUGAUAAAAUCACCAGUUAAAGAUGUGAUCAGGUGUCAGCCCUUUUACCUGAGGACAUCUGCCCUUCCUGUCCGGCAGAAGAAACAGAGCCCUGAAAAGUCCCAGAUUUCUGGUAAUCUCAAUCGAAGUAAGUCAUGUGGAGCGCUGACGUCCUUGUCUGCCGACACGCUUCCAACUUACAUCACAGAUGCAACAAGGAAACGCUGCAUGGCCAUCAGGAUGUCCAUGGAAAUGAGGGAUUGGAAGAACCAGGCAAGUGAAGACUGGUUGAAGAAGUACAGGACCAAGUCUGAGGCCAUGAGGAAGACUGUUUCCCAUCAUUCCAAGUUACUGGACCCUCACAAAAGCUUGAGAGAAGUCUUUGAGGAAAGACUAAAGCACCAUCGGGAGGCAGAUCAGCAAAGGACAAGCGAUUACAAGAGGGAUCUACGGGACAUGAAUGCUCGUGUUAGAGAGCGUCCCCUGUUGUUUGAACAGGUGAAACAGAGAAAUGCAAAAGCUCAAGCAGAGCAGACUUACAAGAACGAACUGAAGAAAGCUGGCGUAAAAGAGCAGUUUGUGGAAGAAAAGGGAGGAAUGGUGAAGGGAACAUCUAUUUUAUCUACAUUGGAGGAUGACACCACCCCAGAUGUCGACAGAAAUGACAAUGCUAUCCAAGAAAGUGAUGCAGAGUGAGAAUUUAAUCAGUUGUUUUUUCCCUAAACAAUGUAAUCCCACUGUGUCCGGUAAUAUCGUAAAUAGCACGCUCACUCGAGAGCCAAGGACUUCUUGUGGUUUGCUCAUGUGACAUUACAUGAUUUUUUUUCCUGGGCCUGCCCUGCAUAAGAAAAAAUAUGGUAGACAAGUAAAAAUUUGAUAUAAUUACAAUACAGCCAUUUUCUAACCCAACAUGCCUGAUUUAGGUAGGAAAAUGUAGACAACGGUGGAGAAAAUUUAAGAUGUGGAGGAGAACAACAUGGGGGAAGGAUUGUCAUGAUCAGACGGUACAAUGUUUUUGUGGCCUCUCAGCUAGAAAACAACACUGUAUUCAAAUAUGACUCAUGUCUAGCGAACCACUUCAACAAUGUGAUAUGCCAACAAUUGUAACUAUGAAUUAAGAAAUCUCAAAACAUCUGAACCAGACAAUUCCAAGGGGAAAACAUAGAAAAGUGUAUGUAACUGUAGAUAAUCAUUUGUAAAUCAUAUUUUAGAUACUUAUAGAUGAAAUAGAUUAUUCUGAAAACAAUAACAUGUUUUGUAGAAUUGUGGACAACUGAUUACCAAAAUAAA